GGGAUCGUGUAUCACACAGUAAUGUUCUCGUGUAAAAGGAGGGGAGGACAGUUUAGGUUUGGCCGUGGAAAGAAAAGCCUGCGGAAAAGACCACUGUAACCUUGGUCAAUAUUCUCAUUGAAGAAACUAUAACAGUAAGUGACUCUCUUUUGCCUUUUUGUUUUCUUUUGUUUUUUCUUGGAUUUUUUUAUUUUUUUAAUUUUUUUUUUUAGUUCAUAGGGUUAUGCUCAAGAUGGCUCCGUCGUUCACAUGUGCCAUCCUUGCUACAUUCACCCAUCUUUUUUUAGAUAGAUAGAUAGAUAGAUAGAUAGAUAGAUAGAUAGAUAGAUUGAUAGAUAGAUAGAUAGAUGGGACAAAUAGAUAGAUAGGAAAGCUAUAAUCUUAGACCAGGCAGGUUUAGGUCUAACUGAAGAGAAAUCAGCCCGGAGACCAACAGCAGAAAACUAGAAUAUGUAAAGUUAGAAACAUUGUCCCAUUCUAUAGGAAGGGGCAUCCCAGAUGGACAGAUCCACUGAGGUUUUUCUUGUCUUGACUGUUUGGCAUAGAAACUAUUGAAGCCAGUGCUUUCGAAUAGUAGUAAGCUAUACUGGUUUGCCUCAGCAGCAGUCAAAGCGAAGAGAUCCUAGCGCAGAACUGUCGGUCGGGCAGGCGAGCGGCCGUAAUGCAUAGAACGAAUAGAGUCUCAUACAGCGAGGAGAAAAACUAUGAGAAAAUAUAAACAGAGCCGAACUGGAUGUUGCGACGAUGCUUGGGUUUAACAGAGGAAUGAAAGGGUGGACGAAAGCAGAAAAGACGGAGACAAUCGUUUGAGAGAAGAGAGAUGAGGCUGAUGUGUGAUGCUGGUCGUCCUACGAAAGAAUAACAGCCGAAAUAUUCGUUUUAAAGAGAAUUUGGAGGUACUAGUUCGAAAGAAGAUGCUGAAUGUAUGUAGAGUGAUUUCGUCUCACAGAAUACUUGUGGUUCUUACAGGAUUUCUUCUUGUUGCUGUUUUCAUAUUUAUUGAUACCAAGAUGUUAGUGUGUAAAAGAACAGAAAUCAACGUCAGUUCAGAGCAGAACGACAAAUUAAGUGGAAGAAUGUUUAUCGACAGGAAGAACCACUUACUCUACUGCUCCGUGCCAAAGAUUGGUUCCACUUUCAUGAAACGUCUUUUAUUAAUUCUCAGCGGCAAAAUGAAAAAAAGUUCUAUUGUUGAAAUUAAAACGAAAUUGGCUCAUAAGAUAAGAUUAGAAAAUGUGAAUAUCUUAGACAUAAAUUCAGCUUCCAUCAAUGGUUGUUUCGCUAACUUCUAUAAACUUUUGGUUGUUAGAAAUCCAUAUGAGAGGUUAUAUUCGGCUUACCUGGACAAGUUCGUGAGACCAAACGGUUUAUAUUAUAAACUUGGUAAAAAAAUCAUUAAAAUGUUUCGAAGCAAUCCAUCAUCUCAAAGUUUAUCAUGUGGAGACGAUGUAACGUUUCCGGAAUUUAUAAAAUAUUUCAUUUAUUCUUUGCAAACCGGAAAUCUAACUGACCCUCAUUUCAUACCAAUACACAUGCUCUGUCAGCCCUGUCUUUUUGAUUAUAAAGUCAUAAGACUUGAAGAUAUUUCUGUGGAACUACCAAAAUUUUUACAUUCUAUAGGAAUAAACUUUAUAUCACCAAGUGAUUAUUUAAAAGAAACAAGAUUACUCGACGAAGCUAAACACAUAGAAUAUUUAUUUGAAAGAAACAGUCCCCUAGUUAAAAACUGUCUAUCGUCUACAGAGGUACUGAGACGACUGUGGAAGAGAGAUCAAAUUAGGGGUUUUAUAAAAACGAACUACUCUUUCCCUUUAGAAGACAUAUUACUUCCUCAUCUGCCAAAGACACAGAUAUUCAAAAUGUUUUUCUCUUACUACCAAAUGUCUUAUCGGAAAGACAGAAGGGCUAGCUAUCGAACUGCUAUGCUCGCAGCGUAUUCACAAUUGUCUCCAAGGGAUUUUCAACUCACUCAACAAUAUUUAGAGACGGACUGCAAAUUAUUUGGUUAUAAAUCAUUACAAAUGGAAUAUUAGAAGCUGAUAUUUGCUGAAAUUAUGAUAGAACAGAAGAUGUUUAUGGUUACAGCAACAAGAGAAUCUACAUUUAUCCAUCGCACACCUUCAUUCUUUAAUAUGUAUUAACCAUCAACACCACUACCAGCACGUGGUCGUGACGACAGAGGAGUUUGUGGUGGUGGUGGUGGUGAUAGCCGAUCUUCCGACCGGAACAAGGAAACUAUAUUUCCAUGUAUCUUUUCCAUAGCUGAUACUAUCCGUUGGCCCAAACUCUAGCCGUGUAAGAAGAAUAUACUGGAGCAAUCACUACUUUUGGAAAAUCUUGAAAGGAAAUGUCUAUCAAAUAGACUGGUUUAAAAUAUUUUAAAAUCAACAUACAACGACAUUUUAAAUGAGCAGAAAGCAGUGUGCAUGACAAAACGUUUCCUAAGACAUCCCUGUAUUAUCAGAACUAACACAGUUACGACAACGAAGUCUUUGAAAAUACAAAAUAAUUAAAACUAAAGCGUAUAAGAACAAUUAGUUUUUCUGUUACAUAAUUACCAAUAUGUUUUAGUAUUUUUAGAUUUUGCAGACAGGAAAAAAAAUUAUAUCAGAUAAUUACGAUUACAUUAUAUUUUAAAUCAAAUCUGUGUGCAGUGAACAGCUGCUUCACAACCUGCAACGCUGCUAACUUCAUUGUAAAUAUACGGUUAUACCAAUAAUUAUUGUUGCACUCGGUUAUUGAUGGUAAAACUCUCUUUAAUAAUCUAGAGGAGUUAGGCUUUUCAAGAAAAGGAAAGGGAACAGUAAAAAUACGCAAUACUUUUUAAAGAUUGAUAAGUAACAAUUAUCGUUCUUGUUAUUAAAAUACUCGUGAUGGAACUUUUUGUUUCUUUGUUAGAAACUAGCACCCUUCUUCUAUGAAGAAUACUAAGGUGUGUGUGUGUAUAAUACAUACAUACAUAUAUAUAUACAUAUAUAUAUACACACACACACACUUUAUUUGCGGGCUAACAAGGCUACCAAUUGUUUCAUACAAAAUUUUCUCAUCCAAAAUGGAGACGAGUACCAACGCUCUCAUGCAGUACGCUCGAACAAUUGUAAGGAAUAUCUUUACAUGAAACUAUUGGUACCUUUGUUGACUCACAGACAAAAGAAUAUUUAUCCACCAAUGCAGUGUUGAGCACCCAUUCUCACUGUUCGAUAUUAGUAUGCAUAUAUAUAUAUAUAUAUAUAUAUAUAUAUAUAUAUAUAUAUAUAUAUAUAUAUAUAUAUGAAAGCAUGCAUACAUAUAUACAUAGAUGCAUUACAUGUAUAUAUGCUUUCACAUCAUCAUUGAUGUCGUUUUAACAUCCACUUUUCCCUGUUCAUGGAAUUUGUCGAGGCGGGUUUUCUUUGAGUGGAUGCCCUUCCUGUCACCAACCCUCACCUGUUUCCAAGCAAGGUUAUAAUAUUUCCCCCUUACCAUACACGUUUUCACGGAACAUUUGAAACAAAAGACACCCACAACUAUCACGCGAUGUCAAGGCAACGAAAUGCUAACUCACACACACAAAUUUGUAAUGCAUUCCUAAAACUGGUUUCAAUGGUUCAAAGACCAAUUAAGUACUUAAAUAUUCGUAAAGAUGUGUACACAUUUUUUUUUAAUGAAUUAAACUGGUUACUUUAUUAGCAAAA